UAAUAAGAAUGCAUUCGUUUAAAUCAUUAUUAUAAUUGCUUAUAAUAAGCAAUUAGGUUUUUUUCAUUAUGCUAAGCAACUAUAAUCUAUUUAGUUUAUUUGUUGUUACUAAAUUAUGGUCUAAUUUUUACAGUUAAAUUUUUCUAAAUUGAAAAAGUUUGUAAAUUUUUAAAUUUAAUUUAAUUUGUGAUGUUUUUUUGAGAAGUCACAAUGAAUUUUUCUUUAUUACGGUAUAGUUUAUCAGCUAAACUUAAAGUGCCCUUAUUGUAUCGAAAUUUAAACUAUGUGAUUGGAAUAUCUGGAAAUUGUCGUUUUAAACCACCAUUAAAAACUUUUCCAGUACGAUGGGUUAAUACAAAAAAUUCCAACAAAGUAUCAAAACAAGUACUUUCAGCAUCAAAAAUAAUUAGACUUUAUUCAUUAGCUAAACCUGAAAAAACAAGGCUUAUCUAUGCAGUAUGCUUAUUAUUAGUAUCUAGUACUGUAACAAUGGCGAUUCCAUUUUCUUUUGGACGUAUUGUUGAUAUAAUUUAUAAAUCUGAUGCCUCUGAAACUCAGUCAAAGCUUAUAAAAGUUUGUACUAUUCUUCUUCCAGUAUUUUUAAUUGGAGCUGCAUGUAAUUUUGGCAGAAUUUACUUUAUGAGUACAUCUGGAUAUAGAAUAACCAAAAGACUUAGAGAGUUAUUAUUCAAAUCUCUGAUUUCUCAAGAAACAGCAUAUUUUGACCGCCAUAAAACUGGAGAAUUAAUUAAUCGAUUGUCAUCAGAUUGUUUAAUAGUUAGUCAAACUGUUACAAAUAACAUUUCUGAUGGUUUACGUUCUACAAUUAUGGUUGUUUGUGGAGUUUCUUUUAUGUUUGCUGUUUCUUCAAAAUUAGCUUUAAUUGGACUAUCCAUUAUACCACCAGUGGCUGGUGCAGCUAUAAUUUAUGGAAGAUUUGUUCGAAAAAUUACAAGAUCUGUUCAGGAUUCAUUAGCUGCUUCAAAUCAAGUAGCAGAAGAAAAAAUAUCAAACAUAAGAACUGUUAAAGUAUUUAGUCAGGAGAAAAAAGAAAUGUUCCGCUAUGAAGAAAAAAUGAAUGAAGUUUUAGGCUUAUCUGUUAAGGAAUCUUUAAUGAGAGGGUUAUUUUUCGCUAUGACAGGAUUUGCUGGUAAUUUUGUAAUUAUAGCUGUACUGUACAGUGGUGGAUUAAUGGUUAGUGAACAAGCUAUUACUGUUGGUGAGCUUACAUCUUUCUUAAUGUAUGCAGCCUAUACAGGAGUAUCUAUUGGAGGUCUUUCAUCAUUUUACUCUGACAUCAAUAAAGGAUUAGGGGCCUCUUCUAGAAUAUGGGAAAUCAUUGAUCGUAAACCAUUAAUACCCAUUUAUGGUGGAAUUAUUCCAAAAAAAGAACUAAAAGGAGACAUAAAUUUCCAAAAUAUUGCUUUUAGUUAUCCAAACAGACCAGACAUAUCAAUCUUUAAUGGAUUGUCUCUACAUAUUCCACAAGGAAAAUCAUAUGCAUUAGUGGGCCAUAGUGGUACAGGAAAAAGUACAUUAGGUCAUUUAUUACUUCGCCUUUAUGAUCCUCUAAUAGGUGAAGUUUGUAUAGACCAAAUGGAUAUCAAAUUUCUUGAUUCUGUAUGGCUACAUAGUCAUAUUGGAGUUGUUAGCCAAGAACCAGUAUUGUUUUCUGGAACAAUUCGUGAAAAUAUUAUGUAUGGGAACGAUAAUGCUACAGAAAAUGAAAUUAUAGAUGCAGCUAAAGAAGCUAAUGCUUUUAACUUUAUUGUUAAUAAGUUCCCUGAUGGAUUUGACACAGUAGUAGGAGAGCGUGGAAUUCUUUUAUCAGGUGGUCAAAAACAAAGAAUUGCAAUUUCGAGAGCAUUAUUGAAAAAUCCAAAAAUUGUAUUGUUAGAUGAAGCUACAAGUGCAUUAGAUUCUGAAAGUGAAAAAUUAAUUCAAGAAGCUCUACAAAGGGUUUCAAAAGGUAGAACAGUGUUAACAAUUGCACAUAGGUUAUCUACAAUAAAAAAUGCAGAUAAAUUGGCUGUUUUACACAAUGGAAAAAUUACAGAACUAGAUACUUAUGACAAUUUAAUGGCUCUCGAAGAUGGUUUAUUUAGGAAAAUCAAUAAAAAUCAAAUGUUGAGUUCUGAUGGGUAACAUAUAAGUGGUGUUGACUUAGGAUAAUUAAAUUUUAUUGUUAUUAUUAUAUGUUAAAAGUUUAUGGUAUUAAAGUUAAAUGAUUAAAAUAAUUUAAAUGAUUUUGUAAUUAUACAAGAAAUUACUAAUAAAAACUGAUGUUGUGACCGGGUUGGUACGGUAGACAAAAUGUAGAGAUAAUGCGUUUGAAUAUUAGUUGCUAUUUAUUAUAUUUAAAUAUAUAUUUAUAUUUAUAAUU